AUGUACAUCCCAAGCUUGCAGGCAACGGUUGGGAUGGUGGCCGCGCACAAGUCCCUCGGGACGCUGCUGGCUGCGGACGGGUCGAUAGGGCCCGAGGUGGCCUAUAGAUGCGGCACUGCUAGAGCCAUCACGGGAGCGAUGUCUAGAACCGUUUUCAGAAUGAGAGGGGUCUCUCUGGCGGCUAAGUUGCAGUACCAUGCGGCUCUCAUCGAGUCUAAGAUUAUACAUAACGCGGAGACGUGGGGGCAGCUGAGUGAGAAAAGCAAGCAGCAGCUGGAGUCGGCUUAUUACGGGUCCCUGAGACGUGCUGUCAAGUGUCAGAAGCGAAAGGAUACCCUGUCGGACGCCGAGGAGAAGGCCCUGAUCCCCGCCGCGAGGUCGACGACCCCACUGAUCCCGCCCCAAGGCCCUGAGAUGUGCGACCCCGUCGAGCCCCCCAGCGUCGUGGAGGUUCAGCAGGACAGGCCCGUCUGGACCCUGAUCCUGGAUGUGGCCAACGCGCCAGUGUUGGGGGACCUCGGCGUCGAAGGUACCAUCGAGCACUGGCUGAAACUUGUGCGGGAGUUCUUGGUUGUCGGCUUGCACGGGGGCCCCCCGUGUGAGACUUGGAGCGCGGCCAGGUUCAACGGCAAGGGUCCCAGGCCGGUGAGAUCCAGGGAGCUCCCUUGGGGCAUUGAGUGCCUCACGAGUAAGGAAAGGAGACAAGUGGACCUCGGCAAUGUGUUGCUGAGAACCAUGUGUAGAUUCUUGGUGGCGUGCGCGGGGCACGACACCCCCGCUAUCAUGGAACACCCGGCCGAGGCCCACUGGCGACCGCAGGCUCCCUCGUCGUGGUUGCUGGACGAGGUUCGAUAUAUCCUGUCGUUGCCAGGAGCCGAGAAGGUGACGGUUGCUCAGUGCCUCUACGGAU